AUGGCUCCAGCUCCUGUCUGGGAAGUCGUGGGCGGUGGCGACUUUGGUGGCAUUCUUGUUCGCCAGGGAAGCGAGCUCAGCUCGCAGCCCUGCAGCGAGCGGCUCUCCACCGGCGCUGUUGUGGAGGAGCUGGAGCGAUUGGGUGAGCGGCUCCGCUACCGAAGGCUCCAAGGCCUCGGUCCAGAAAGCGGCUGGGUUACUGUCCGUCUUGGCCUGAAGGAGCUCCUGCGCAAGACUGCGGACAAGAGCCGCAACGGUGCAGAGGAUGAUGCCCCAGGAGAAAGAACCUCCAAAGCAGCGUCGCCGGGAGGCUUCCAGCAAAAGAUUGCCACAGGAAAGAAGGUGCGAAUCAUAUCCUUGAAAAGGGAGGACUACCAGAAGUACAACGGCAAGAACGGAGCAAUCAUGGGAUUCGAUCCUGCGACUGGGCGCUACUCUGUGAAAGUGGUGAUCCUCAGCGACAAGAGUGUAGGCCUACAGGCAGAGGGUGCCACCCUCCUCUUGCUGAAGGAGGACAACAUUGAGCUCCAUCCGGAUCAGAUCGAGCGGGAUCAGGUGGGCAAUGGCGACGAGAUCGUACUUCUCGGUGCUGGUGAGGCAAAGCGCAAGCUUUACGAAGUUAGACUGGAUCCUCAGUACUGGUAUGACAAGGCGAUAGAGAGAGUAUUGGAAUCGCGAAACGAUUUCGAAGUAUUGGAUCUUCCUCCACAACUCAUUACGGACCUGAGUAUUCUCAAGAAAGCCUACAGAAAGAUAUCGCUCUCAGUGCAUCCGGACAAGAACAAGCAUCCUCAAUCGGCGGAUGCAUUUCGAAAGGUUUACGGAGCUUUCGAAACACUGAUGGACACGAGACAGCAACGGCGCUUGCUCUGGAUUCUUGGCAAGCUCACCCCUGACAUGGAGGAGAAGGUGCUGUUUGACGAGGAAGAAGAAGACGAGCUUUUCCAAUGGUGGUGGGAAGCAACCGUCCCGGAGAUCGAGAAGCAGGUUGCAGAGUUUGAAGGUCAGCAGUUUGAUGAUUACGGUGCCAUGUGGAUCUCUGAUGGACUCGGGGGCGAUGUUGAGGAGGUAAAAUGGAUUGGAUUGGAGACAGCCAAGCGACUGCACAAGGAUGAGGAAGGUGUGAUUUUCAUUGAUGUUCGUGACCGCCGUGACUUUGCUGCCGGACACAUUGCAGAUGCUUUCUGCACACCACUUCCAGAAAUUAUCGACUAUGGCCUCGUGAACGUGUUCAUGGCCGCCGAUGACCAACUGAUACAUAAACUCCUGAAGCACCGCACAAAGCCGAUCAUCGUGUAUAGCGAAGUUGCCACGCCGUUCUCCAGAUGCCGAGCCUUUUGCCGCUGGCUCUUACGAGCCGGACACCAGACCAUCAAAGUGGAGCGUGUGAGACGCUUGCGCGGUGGUAUAUUCGGAUGGAAACACAAGAACGGACCAGUGGCCCGUCCUUUGCAGGACUCUUCCUACGAGCUCACGGACAGUGCAGAGAAAGAUGUGAGUCGGCUUUCUGAAACUUCCGUGAGUUUGUCUGCGUCUCUGAUGGGUGCCGGGGGCAUUGCCGUUGAGUAG